AUGAAGCCAACCCUCUUCCUCCUGCCCAGCACAGCCCUCGCAGCUUCCUACCAGCUCGUCAAAAACUACUGCCCCAGCACCCUCUACCUGACAAUCUACAACAACGGCAGCACCACCGGCCCCUUCGAACUGCCCAGCGGACAAGCGUACAUCAACCCCAUCGCCGGCACGGGCAACACGGCCACGCUGUCGCACUCGGCCGACAUCUUCUCCAACCAAGUCGCGAAGCUGAUUCUGGGGACGAGCGUCAGUGAUGACAUUUUGUACUGGAGCGUGAACAAUGCUUCUGGCGAUCCCUUUGCUGGCGAGCAGUGGGAUGUGACGUCUGAUGGGACGACGGCGAAUGUGUGUGGCAAUGCCACGCGCUAUGGGCCGGCGGUUUUCGCUUGCCAGGACAAUGCGGUUACGUUGACGUUGAGUGCGUGUUGA